ACAUCCGCGAAGAGCGCCGACAGCGGCCGAGUCGGGCCGAGCCACGCACAGGGCACACUAUGGCGGCCGUGGCAAAAUUUUCGCCGUCUGCGUGAGAGCGAUUUACGCAUUGUCGGUACGGAGCGCGAGUCACGGUGUCGGUGAUCGGCGCACGGCCGCCAACGCGCAAGCCGGGUCCCUCGGGCGAGCAAUCGCGCGACACAGUCCGUACGCGCCCCGCGACAACCCGUCGGAGCGGCCCGAUGCGGGUCGCGCGCGCUCGUCGUAGGGCAAAUGAUGACUUCGAUGCUGCCCAGCUUUAACCCGCCUAUCGUCAAGCGGCUGCUGGGCUGGAAGAAGGCCGAGAGCGAGGACAAAUGGAGCGAGAAGGCCGUUAAGAGCCUGGUGAAGAAGCUGAAGAAGUCCGCGGGCCUCGAGGAGCUCGAGAAGGCCAUCACGACGCAGAGUUGCAACACCAAGUGCAUCACUAUACCAAGGCGCGGCACAAAAAUCGUACGACGACAGGGCGUGGUGCCGCGGAAAUUGAACACGAGCGAGAUCGCGUUGGUAACGAUAGAAUAAGCGUCUCCUCGCGUUGUUACGCGAAGACCGACUCGAAAUUUCAGCCCUAUUUUCGAUCUGAACUUUCUAACAUCUACAUGUUCUGAAGGAUUAAUGUAUGUUUAAUAUACACAUGGAGAGUUCUAUAUAAUGCUUUUAAAUGACAGAGAACGUACAAAGUGCCACUUGUAGGUUCUAAAGAGAAUCUCCUGACAAAGUCAAUGAGUUAAAUAGAAUCAAAAGAGGUUGAUUAUUUAUAUAAUGAGGAUUUAAAGUUGAUCCGAGAUUAAAGACGACUUGAGUUGACUUGAUUUGAUGGUAGGUGAAUAAAAAGGAGAAAGAGAGAGAACUUUCUAACAUCUACAUGUUCUGAAGGAUCAAUGUAUGUUUAAUAUACACAUGGAGAGUUCUAUAUAAUGCUUUUAAAUGACAGAGAACGUACAAAAUGCUACUUGUAGAUUGUAAAGAGAUCUCCUGACAAAGUCAAUGGUUUAAAUAGAAUCAAAAGAGGUUGAUUAUUUAUAUAAUGAGGAUUUAAAGUUGAUCCGAGAUUAAAGAUGACUUGAGUUGACUUGAUUUGAUGGUAGAUGAAUAGAAAGGAGAAAGAGAGAGAAUCUCACGAGAAAGUCAGGUGGUCAAAUGGAAUUGAAAGAAAUUGACGUAGGCUUCAAGAUAUCGAAUUAGUUAAAUGGAAUAUUGAGGUCGAAAGUGGUAUCAAAAUUUCGACUCGGGUAACAUGGUUUCGCGGUAAUUCUACACCACGGCUGCGGGAAGAGGGACAGAGGCGCGGAGGAGACGGGGAACUUUUUCAUUAGUGCCUUUCUCGCGGUAUCGACGCGCGUGCCGAUAUUUCAUCAGCGAGUCUCGCAAAGAAGGGGGCAUCUCCGCCACGGAUACACGGCUAUGUACAGAAAUGGUUGUAAUGCAAUUAUGCGCCGAGUAUUGACUUUACAAAGAGAGAGAGAGAGAGAGAGAGAGAGAGAGAGAGAGAGAGAGAGAGAGAGAGAGAGAGGCGCACGGAGCCGCACACUCGCGCCAAACUUGUAAUUCAAAAGCGCCCGCGAGAUCCACUAUUCAUUAGCCACUGAAACAUUCGACAGUCGGAAUCGUGCAGUCGCAGUCGGUGUAGUUACCAGCCAGACAGACAGUUAACAGCGUCUUCCCUAUUUAUUCCGCCAAUUCCUCAUUCCGUUGUGUCACGUAACGACGCAUUCCGUAUGCUCCGCCGCUUAAAUGACGGAUCCUUAUUCACGUUGCUCACGUCGCGCUCGCCGUGGCACGUGCAGGCUCGCUUUGAAAAAUGUAAAACAACGUCGAAUUCGCGGCGAGCUGAGACCGUGCGAGCGAAUAAUGGAUGAUCGGAGCAACAGUGCCGGGAGCCGUGGACAGAAAGAGAGGGAAAACCGAGAAAUUUGUGCGGGACAUUAAAUCGAUACUUACACGAGACUCUACGUGUUUCAAUGUCAACCCGCGACAUUGUAUGCCCGGUUGCGCACUUUUUAUCGGAUGAAGCUGCGGCGCCUCCACUUGCCAAAUGAAAAUACCGCCACUCUUCGCUCGUUUUCAGGGAGAUUCCACUCUAAGGAAUUUUCAACGCAGAGCUUCUGUCCUCAUGUGUGUGUAUGUGUGUGUGUGUGUGUAUUACAUCUACGUCGAUCCUUCAGAAUGUACAGAAAAGUUCAGGUCGAAAGGGUAGAACCGAAAUCCCGACUCGGAACUCGAAGCGCUGCCUUCGAUAAAACGUAUCUAAACCAUUUUGUGCACUGAGAGAAAAAUGUAUGAUAUUUGGAACUAUAAUAGCAUAGUAAAAAUAUUAUAGUUAUAUAACUAUAUAUUAUAGUUAUAUAAAUAUUUUAGGAAUAUAAUUUUUAUA